CGGGUGGGGCGAGAGGCGCUGGCCCGGGACAGAGGUGUAGCCGCGGGGUGUGUGAACUUAGUCACUGCAGGGUAGAACGGCCUCUUCGCCCUGCAACUGGGGCCGGAGGAAGCCUCCAGGAACUCUUUUGCUUCUGCUUGUUUUAAAACACAAAAUGUCUGAAGUUAAGCAGAGGAAUAAAAGUAUUUCUUCAUCCAAGAACAAUGAAGGUUCACAAAAGGGUGAGACACCAAGUAACUGUGGGAAGCUGGUAAGUUCCAGGACCAGCACUAAUCGGAGUUCCUUUUGCAUGGACUCACGGACAAGCUUGAGCAUGAUUUCCCUUGCUGUUUGCCUGGUGCUGACCUGGUUCCUGUUUCAGCAGUCAGGUCAAUUUGCUGUUAUGGAAAAAAAGUAUACUUUCUUACAGCAAGAAGCUGAAAAAUUCCUGGAUGUGGAAAAUAAAGUUAACUUAAUGUCUGAAAAGCUUGAGUCUUCUGAAAGUAUCCUACGAGCAGCUGCCUUGCCUGUCUCUGUGAUGACUGAGUUUGAGCAGGAAAUAUCUUCUCUUCAUAACAUCAUAAAUGAUAUUCAGAACAAUGAGCGGACUCUCUCUCUGAAGCUGCAGAACAUUAAUGAGAAGUUCCAAAAUGUUACGAAUUCCUGGAGAAGAAGCUUGAAUGAAAUGAACACUAACACCAGUGGCUUAAAAUUGGAAGUUAAAUCCAUACAUACAGGAGUUACUUUCCAAAUCAAUGAAGUUGACCAAAGAAUUAAAUCCUUUUCAGAAAGAGUAAGAGAUUUGGAAGACAGUACAGCCAGAAAUAUAAAAACACUGAAAAGGCAAGAAGAUGAAGAAUUCUCUAGAGUUGAGCAAAAGUUGGACUCGCACGCAGAGGCAGUUGAAAAGCUAGAAAAACAACAAAAUAGUCUGUCAGCCAAGGGCAGAGACCUGCAUCAGAAACUUGCCAACUAUGAACCUAAAAUUGAGGAGUGCAAGACCCAUUUGCCAGCAAUUGAAAAUGCUAUUCACUCUAUUCUUAGAUUGUCAAGUGAAUUGCUAAGUAUGGAGAAACAGAUACAGGAGUUGACAACACAGCUACAUACUGUGGAAAAGGAUAUGUUGAAAUCCAUUUCUGAUACGGUGGCCAUGCAAAAGGUUCUUGAAGGCAUGCAGUACAAUGACAGCAUAUUGAAAAUUAAGGGUGAAAUACUGGUUUUAGAAGAAGUCAUGCAUGACAUUAAAGUAUCUUCAAAAGAAAUAACUUUGGGGAGCUGUAACUUAGAAAAUGACCAGAAUGGGGAUAAGUGAAUUGGGAUUUACAGCUUUCAUUGCUGAAAAAGCACUUUAUAAUAAUGUGACUCCAGCAUAGGUUAAGGAUAGCUGAAAUAUUGUCAUUAAUGUAAAUAGGCAUUAGAUUGAAAGGCAGAGUUUUUAUAAAGAGGCUAAAGAGCAAUAAUUUUUAUUUUUUUUUAAGGAGGAAGGAGUAUCAUCUUAAGGAUUAUUUUAGCUUAUUUAUUAAAAGUUCAUUUUUAUUAGGAACUAGAAGCAAAAUAUUUAGCGAUAAAGGGGGGAAAGAUGUCAAAACUGAAGACAUCAGAUUACAAUUUACAUUCAGUUCUCACUGCUUAUUUUUUUAUAUUGUUAUGUUUUGUAUUAUAUUCCAUGGACAGUUAUAUUACCAUGAACAAUUAAGUUAUUUCUAGUCAGAUACACAUGUACUUUGCUUUUAAUGUAUUAUAUGCCAUAAUGUUUUUGUGCUUACAAUACGGACUUCUGAAUGUCAGAGUUGUUACUGGCAUCCACAUUAUGUGGAAGAACA